AUGCACAUUCGCCCACACAUUCGGCAUAUGACAGACCGAGGCGCACCAAUUCAUUCCUCCCACACUCCGAACAGCGCUAGCCAUUACCCCUGCAACCCUGCCUUCGUCGCUGCUGCAUUGACAUUUGAGUUCACCUCUCUCGGUGCCGUUGUGAGGCAUCAGUCCGUCACUGUCUCUUCUGACUCGCCCAACCGGGCCUUGUUCAAAAAGGGCACCGCGACUACCAACCCUCGCCGCUACUUGCCGAACCUCUUUCGUCACCACCGCGCGCACCAGCAUGGGAGAUUCCAAGCUCGCCGCCGCGGCGCUGCUCGUCGUCUCCAUCCUCAUUGGUACGAGCCUCUUCUCUCCCGCGUCGCCCCCCUCCCUCCCCCGCGAUGCUCUUUCGUCACCACCGCGCGCACCACCGCGGGCACCACCGCGGGCACCAGCAUGGGUGAUUCCGAGCUCGCUGCCGCGCUGCUCGUCGUCGCCAUCCUCAUUGCAACUGGAGCAAAUAAAGCGGCUGCUGCAGAAGUGGUGCCCGCGAAGCUGCGAGUGGGCACGGUGGUGCUCGUCGGCUCGCUCUUUCCGACCUUUCCCCUUGCCUUUCUGUUUUUACCCUUCUCUGUCUUCGCCCCUCUCCUCGCAGCAACUGGAGCAAGUCAAGCGGCUGCCGCACAAGUGGUGCCCGCGAAGCUGCGAGUGGGCACGGUGGUGCUCGUCGGCUCGCUCGCGCAGCCCAACUACGCCGACUUCGACUGGGCGCGCUGCUUGCCCGUGCCGCAAGGCGCGUCCGCGAGCAUCGACGGCGGCGCGAGCGGCGGCGGCGCGGGUGCGGGCGGCGGCGCGGGCGGCGCGGGCGCGCGCGGGGGGAGCGGCGGCGCGCGCCGCGACGGCGCGGGCGGCAGCGGCGCGGGCGGGAGCGGAGGAGGAGGCGCGGGAGACGCGGUGGUGUGGUGGGACGUGUUCGGCGGGGGGGAUCGCACGGUGUGCAACGCGGUGCAGCUGUUCGCGUCGCCUGACUGCUCGGGCGCUGCGGCGGCGAGUUUCAAGUACACGGGAGAAUACCUGUUCCGGUGA